UAUUUCUUGUUUCCACGCAGUGACAGUACGUUAACUAACUGUUCAAGACCUCUCCCCUUCACUUCACUCUACUGCAGGCUGAGAGAUGCAACAAUGGCCCUGAGAACAACAGGAAGUGUGUUGGUGGUCUUUCUCUGGUCUGUGACAGUGGUACUGAGUGAGAAAGGCUGGAGUGUUACAUACACCCCUCAGAGUAUCUGUACCUUGAAGGGGUCAACAGUGGAGCUGACCUGCUCUUACACAUAUCCCAGUGGUAAAGUCACAACAACCUUGUGGUUCACUAAAGUUUAUGAUGUGGAGAAUUAUGUGAGUCUGUUAGAUGACCCAGACUACAAAGGUCGUGUGAUGUACCGUAGUGAUAAGACGAAUGGACACACCCUGACAAUCACAGACCUGAGAGAGAGUGACUCAGCUACGUACAUGUUCAGAUUUAUAACAGAUCAGACCAGAGGGAAAUAUUUUGGGAGCCCUGGAGUCACUUUGUCUGUUACAGACCUGCAGGUGAAGGUGACCACUACAUUGUUGUCAACGACACUGACCUGUAGCACCACCUGUACUCUGACUGACAACCCCAACCCCACCUACAUCUGGUACAGGAACAGUAAGAUUGUACAAGAGGACUCCUCCCCCUCGUACACAUUCUACUUUAAAACUGAAGAUAGAUUCUACUGUGCUGUAAAAGGCAUCAAUUCUCCUGCAGUGUACGGCCCAAAGAACACCUCAGUGUCAGUCAGUCCCUCUGGUGAAAUAGUGGAGGGCAGUUCAGUGACUCUGACCUGCAGCAGUGAUGCCAACCCACCUGUGGACAAAUACACCUGGUACAAGAUAACAUAUAAGAAAAUGUCAAUGAGACAUUCUGGACAGAGUUACACCAUCCAUAACAUCAGCUCUGAGGACAGAGAGGGAUACUACUAUUUCAUUCUGACAUCAUGCAUUAAUUAA